CAAAUCUCCAGUUCUUCCGUGUGGACCGCUCGAUUGUCACUUGUUUCGGUUAACAUUUUCUCGCACAAACGAAAACAACUUAACUUCGAACGUUCCUGAAUGAAAACUGUGAUAAAAAUGUGAGAGAUACGCCGUAUUUGUUGCGCUUUCUCGAGCUCCUGUGUUUUUGCAUGUUAUUGAUUUCUGCGGAGCCUCAGAUUUGUAUUGGGCCGCUUUUAUCUAUAGCACGAUGAAGACGAGGCUGAGGGGUAUGACGUACCUGGGCUACACGGCGAUGGACCGCCGCUUCUCCAACUCCAUGCUGCCGUGGCUGCUGCGGGAGAUACGGGCUACCAACGUCAGGGAGAAGGUGAGCGUGACGGUGGAGGAGGGGUGUCUGAAGGCGUACAACGGCAACUUCGAGCCCGUCAUAGUGCACCGCCUCGUCGACAUACUGAGGGCAAGUCAGGUCCCCGGGCGGGCGGACGAGCUGUUCUACAUCCUGCUGAACGAGAAGGAGAGCCUGCUCCAAUGCUACCUGUUCCGAGCCAACUCUGACGCUGAGGUGGCAGACCUGUUCAGCCAGAUGCGGGAGCCGUCUUCGGGGACAGCGAGCCCCAAAGGCUCCACGCACUCACUGAACGUCACUAAAAACGCGGGAUUCCAGCAGCAGAAUGGCUCUGAACAUCUGCCGUGGAACAGCCAGACCAUAUCGCUGCCGGGCUCCUGUAAUUCCAAUUUGGGCGCUGACUCACCACCCUCCCACCCUCCUGCCCUCAUGAGGAGCACCAGUAACGCAUCAGCUCUCACUUCAUUGUCACCUGAUCUGUCUCUCUCCGAUUCACAUUUCUUCGAGGUGCUCUAUAUCGGAAAAGUCAGAAUAUCCCAAAGAAAAGUUCCGGAAACGCUGAUAGACGAUGCCUUACACAAAUUCGCGCAACACGAAGCUGAAAAGAUAAAAAACCAGAGACGCCAUAGCUUACUGUCUUCCACAGGAACCUCUUUAGAUAGUGACUCAACUAGCCUUAAGGACACUAAUGAUAACCCCAUAGAAAAUUUUGCACAAAAGACUAGUCUAAUACCAAGCACAACUCCUCUAGAACCGGACAAGAACGUAGCAUGGAGAAGUGCCGAAAAUUUACACAAAGUUGAAAGCACAGAGGUGGAUAAAGCGUUUGAUGUCUUUACUAAAGAAAGAAUCAAAAAACCAAUAGUGGAAUCUAAUUCUCACAAAAAAGACGUAAUAAAAAAUAAUUUGGGUACCGUCGAUGAAGAAAAACAUGAUGACAUAUAUAUAGGUGAUCUGCCACCUUUACAUAUAAGUGAACCCAUCGAUGAUCCGCUUCCAAAACUAAAUGACAAGGAAAAUAAUAAAGUUACUCUUAAUGGUAACUUAAAUGGAAAUCACAAAGUUCAAGCACAUACAGAUCCUCUUUUGAGUAUUCCUGUGGCUGUCUCAGAAACUGAAGAUAGCAAAAAGGUUAACUUUACUGAAAUAUCAAGAAAGCCUACUUCUAAUAUGGAUAGUAAGAAACAAGGAACGCCGUUUUUAAGGGACCGAUCUGCAUCUAUUGGUACAUUGAAUUUGAAGACACCACUAGCGCAUCUUAUUGGGGAACAAAACAGGACCAUGUUGUUUCAGGUGGGUCGUUCCGAACUCCGUCUCAUAAGCCCAGAUCGGAAGCAGAUUCUUCUGCACCGCGCAUUCCGUGACGUCGCCAGUUGCGUCCUCGGGCGGACCAACACGGAACACUUCGGCUUCGUCUGCCGGGAGACCAACGACUCCUACGCCUGCUACGUCUUCAAGUGUGAGAGUGAUGGCGUCGCCACUGAGCUUAUCAAUGCCAUAAAACAAGCUUUCGCAUCACAUGCUGACAACCUGAAGAAGAAUCGUGAGAAGUCGCCCAACGCCACCUGCGAGCACUGUCCCAUGUUGUGGUACCAUCGUCUGUGCCACGACAUCGAAGGCAUGAACGACAAGAAGAUGCACGCGUUCAUCCUGCGGCGCGUGGAGCAGCUGCCGGAGGAGGAGCAGGAACUCAUCAUCACCAAGUACCAGGGUGGCACCAACCACAUGUACGAGGUGACGGAGCACAACGCGUUCCUGAUGAUGCUGCUGCGUGCGCACUGCGAGGCCAAGCAGCAGAGGCAUGUUCACGACACCGCUGAAAACAGAUCGGAAUUCCUGAACCAGUACCUGGGUGGCAGUACGAUCUUCAUGAAGGCGAAGCGGUCGCUGUCCAGCGGCUUCGACCACCUGCUCAAGCGGAAACAGAGCCGCGACGACUUGGCGAUACCUGUGGCUGCUAAAAAGGAGGUAUCUCCAAAUCCACUACCAGCGCCGUUGUCGAUGCCGCCCACGCCGCCCAUUCAGGAGACUUCGUCGGAGACGUCCGGUCCCGAGCUGCUGUCGACAGAAGCCGCUCGCAAGUCCACCUCGCCUAUGGUCAACAGCGUUUCAGAGCCAUCUUCGCCGAAGAUUGUUAUCCCAGCAGUGGAAGAAGUUAUAGAAGGGAGCUCGGAAUGCACUCCAGUCACCUCGCCUAUGAUGGACAUCUUCCUGAAGGUGUCAGACGCGCGGCCGAGCGCGGCGGAGGCGGGGUCGGAGCCGGACGAGACCUGGCGGCAGGCGAUAUACAACAAGGUGGUGCAGCCCCCACUCUUCGAGAGCACUGCUGGUGACUUAACUCAGGCGGACCUGCUGGGCAAGCCCGCAGCGUCGACCGGCAAACGGUCGAGGGAGGAGUUGAGGCAGCUGUGGAAGAUGGCCAUCGACCAGACCAUCCUGCUGGUUAGGAUGGAGAAGGAAAACGCCAGACUUAAAGAACGCGAGGAAUCGUCGGCGGUGCGGCGCAUCAAGCUGGAGUACACGGAGCUGGGGUCGAGCGAGGGCGCCGUGAUGUGGGACUCGCUGCUGGCGCGGGAGCCCGGCCAGCCCGUCGCCAAGGUCGACCGCCACAUGCUGAGGCAGGCGGUGUAUCAAGGUGUUCCCCGCAUGUCUCGCGGCGGCGUCUGGUACUUCCUAGCGGAGCAGGCGAGCGCUCGUCUCCCGCCGCCGGACGCGCGCGCCGCGCCUCUGUACUCCGCGCCGUACCGUGCGCUGCUCGCUGGCCUCACUAAACACCAGCACGCCAUACUCAUAGACCUUGGUCGAACGUUCCCGAAGCACUCCUACUUUGCAUCAGCCCUGGGACCUGGGCAACUCGCCCUCUACAACAUACUCAAGGCGUAUUCACUUCUGGACCCUGAUGUCGGCUACUGCCAGGGAUUAAGCUUCGUUGCUGGAGUGUUGCUGCUGCAUAUGGAGGAGGCCGAGGCCUUCUCGCUGCUCCGUCACCUGAUGUUCCGGCGCGGCCUCCGCAACCAGUACCUGCCCGAUAUGAGCGCGCUCCAAGUACAGCUGUACCAGCUGUCCCGCCUCGUCCGCGACCACGAACCGGAGCUGCACGCGAAGCUGGAGGCGCUGGACAUCUCGCCGGCGCUGUACGCCGCGCCCUGGAUGCUCACGCUCUUCACCAGCCAGUUCCCGCUCGGCUUCGUUGUGAGGGUCUUCGAUCUGAUCUUCCUGGAAUCUCUGGACGUAGUGUUCGCGGUUUCGCUGGCGCUGCUGAGCGUCCACCGCGAGGGCCUGAUGAUGUGCUGCGGCUGCGAGGAGGCGGCCGAGUACCUCAAGCACAAGCUGCCUGACGUAGACCGCGCCGUCGCAGACAAGGUUAUGAAGAAGGUCCACAAGAUGGACAUCAGCCGGCAGCUGUCGGAGUACGCGGUGGAGUACGGCGUGCUGCGGGAGGAGAUGCCGCGCCUGGCCGCGCUGACUGAGCACAACCAGCGCCUGUUGGACGAGACGGAGCGGCUGACUGCUGAGCUUGACAAUGCAAUGGACACAAUCAAUAGUUACCAAAAAAACCAAACCCGACUGGAGACACAGAACAAAAUAAUGGAGCACCAGCUUCUGAUGCUGAGUCGCUACAUAUCGGCGAAUCAGAAGGACUUGCCGCCCGAGAUUAAGAAGGUGGUUCAAAUCCAUGCAAAAAAGAUCUCUUUCAGUUCCAAGAUCACCUCCUUCAAAUUCACGUCCAACGACGACGAGGAGGAGAAGAAACCGCACAAGACCGGCGUCAGCUCCCCCAACCUCUUCUCCAAGAUAAGCAGGGAGGACGUCCUCAACGCGGUAAACAGAGAGAAGAACAUAGAGAGCGAUAGAAAACACUUCCUGAUGAAGAAGUCGCAGUCCGUGCACUCCGGUCUCAUCGCCACCAGGCUCAAAGUCGCGGAGGCGGAGCGCAAGAGCAGCCUGCGAAUAGACGACCUCGCCAACGAUCUCAAGAAGAAGACCUUCACGACGCAGGAGCAGAUACUCCAGGAGAGGCUGUUCGAGAAGCAGUUGAAGCACGACUUCGACGAGAACCUGAAGAAGUUGGACGAGAAGUUGACGCCGAACUACAACGACGAUCUGAGCAUAUUCCAAAGCAAGAAGAGCAUGUCGCUGAGUCUGAAAGCGCCCAAGCCGCAGGAGACGAAGUUGCCCGACAGCGGGUUCGUGACGCCGAUGAGCCCGACCGAGCGAGAGAGACGGGACGAUAGCUCCGUCAUCUCGCACCCUCUUAGCGACUGUGACGUGGACAUCAAGUUCGACGGACAGUCCACCAAGCUGAAGCAGAUAAGACCGCUCAAGACUAACGGAGUGGCGGAGAAGAAGACAUAACAUUGGAAAUACGAGACGUGCUCCAUUUAAUCGAAUAAUCAUUUUCAAUAUUACUAAUCGAUAUCAUAAAAUCGAGAAAUUGAUAUUUGGACCGAAUGGAUAAAACCGUUAGUAGAAUUAUUGUUUUCAAAGUGAGAUAUUAUAUUAGAUACUUAAUUUAGUAACUUGGUGAUUAUGAUAUUUUUAUAUUUAUUAAAAUAUAUUUGGAAGGUUGGACCACAGCAUUCGGACCACGGAGAUUUUAAUGGAUUAGGUUGUCAAUUUAUUUAAUCUAGUACUUACUCAUAUUUUUAUUCAAACAUUUUGUUUAAUUUUGCCAAAAAAUUAUUUGCCAUAAACAUUAAAGGGGUACCUUCAUCACAUAGUUAUAAGAGCUAGAAUUAAAUAUUUAUAGAUUAUAAAUUAGACAAAAAUAAGUAUAAU